AUGUCGUUAUCCCCUCAAGUUUUACUUUCAAAAGAUGCGAAAGAUAAGUGUAUAUCGCGCAUAAAAGAAUUGCCCGCAUUUGCUCGAACUGACGUUACACCCCAAAACAAAGCUGCUGUGUUAAUACCUCUCUUUGUAAAAAAUGGAGAGUUACAUUUAUUAUUCACUUUAAGAUCUUCGAACUUAAAAAGUCAUAGUGGCCAGGUAUCAUUUCCAGGAGGAAAGCUAGAGGAACAUGAAGGAGUUGUCGAUGCAGCCUUAAGAGAAACAGAGGAAGAAAUUGGUGUUUUUCCUAAAUCUGUGGAUGUUUGGUGUGAAAUGUAUCCAGUGCAAGGACGCGAUAAAAACAUAAUAAUCACUCCAGUUGUUGGUGUCAUAAAAGAUCUCAAUUUAGACAAUUUAAAUGUAAAUAUUUAUGAAGUUGAAGAAGUAUUUUCAAUACCAAUGGCAGAUUUCUGUGAUAGAACAAAGCACGCUCAUUUAAAAUAUGAAGGGUUUUUAACACCAGUCUUUAUCCAUGAAAAACAUAACAUUUGGGGUAUCACUGGACUCAUCACUCAUCUUUUUUUACAGUGCUUCCUUCCAAGUGAUUUAUACAAAGUUAAUUUUACUAGAAAAAGAUUCACUCUAGAAGAAUUAAUGCCAUCAAAAUUA